UUUCGUAAUCAAAAAAUAUAUAAACAAAUAACGUCGUCGUUCCUGUUGACAACAAUCUAGAUUUAACAAUUUAUGAUUAGCGAGAACACUAAUUUAUGAUUAGCGAGAGCGCUAAUAAAUAUAAUAACAAAUAUGGUAAAAGACAAGAAUAACAAUGAUAAUAACUUUAUUUAUUAUCUUUUUUAUUAAUAAAUUUGAAUAUGAAACACAAUGACAGACGGCUCCUGAAAAGAAAAUGUACAUUUAUAGCAUUUUCAUUGCAAUUAUUUGUAAUUGGAAUGGAAUACAGUAUGACCUUUUUGACAUUAUGGUCGUAUAUUAAUGAAAUGAUUAACACAAACACGCCAAAAAUUUAUUAUAGUGCUGUGUCCGUGUCAUACAUGCUGGCUUCUAUAAUUGCAACGCCAUUUGUUGGAAGAAUAGUCGAUAAAAGUCGAAAUGUUAAAGCUUGCUUCUUAACAAACAAUUUACUUAUGUUUAUAGGAAAUUUUCUUUACUGUCUUCAUUUUUCCCCUUACUUUUUAAUUGGAGGGAGAAUUAUAGCCGGCUUUGGUGGUUCGUUGAAAUCUGUAGUUUAUAGCGAAACAAUUCGAAUUUACUCUGCAUCUGAAACAAGUUCAAAACUGUCAAUUUUAUCAGUAAUGUAUAAUUUAGGAUUUACAAUAGGUCCAGUGUUUAAUUUAUUUUUUAAAAACAUAAACUUUUUUAUAGGCGGCUUGCAGCUCCGAUACGUCAAUUUCCCAGGGUUUUUUUUGGGAUUUUUAUGUCUCUUUAUGGAAAUAAUAACAGUAACAAUGGUCCACAAUGUAUCAAAGGAAUUCGAUUCUAAAGAUGAAAAAGCUUUUUUAUAUUGUCUUAUCGAAAACGAACAAACUCUGAAUGAGUUUCACGAAAAACUACCGAAAUUUACCGUGGAACUACCAAUGAUUCCCGAGAAUAUGCAGUUGAUCCAAAACAGUAAUAUAAGUCAAAAUAAUCCCAAACCUCAAUCAAAGAAAUAUACUGGAUUUCAUAUUUUAAAAGUGUUAUUUGUGAAUUUUAACUCAGCACUUUUGUUGUUUUCCAGCUUAUUUCUUUCAUUUUUUAUUGUUAACACUGAUAUAUGGCUACCAUUGUUGGUUAUAGAAAAAAUGAAUCUUUCCAUGAUCGAAAUGAACAUUAGUUUUUUUGGAGCUUCUGGUUUUUGCGUAUUUAUUUUGAUAGUUUUCAUUAGAAAGCCGUGUUCUGAUAAUAAUUUAAUAAUACUAUUGAUAAUUGUUUUAUUUGGUUUGAGUGUUGUAAGUGCAAGCUUUAUUAUUCUUUCACAUUACCCAGAUAAUAAAGUGUUAAAUUUUUUCCUAUGCAUUGUAUAUAUGCUUAGUUUUGGUGGUGCACCAAUAAUUACCGACGUUUUUUUUGUGAACACACUUGCUAAAAUGAUAAAACCAAAUAUACUAACAUUUGCAGACAGUAUUCGAUCUACAAUGGAUUCUACUGGAGUUUUAUUAGCAUUGAGUUGUUCCGCGUUUAUGUUUGAUUAUGUGGAUCUUUUUGGAACAUUGUACGUUAUUAUUAUGACAUUUAUUGGUUGUUUAUUUAUUAUCUGCCGAAAGCAAUUUAUUUGUCCUAAUCAGUUGAUAUAAAAAGUAACCUGUCGGUAGAGAUAAUAUUAUAGAUAAGUAUUUCAAUUUUUAUGAAAAAUAAUUUGAUAAGUUCAUUAACUUUUAAAUUAAACAAUAGUCAUAAGAUUUAACCCACUACUUUUAAAAUCUAAAACUAUUUGUGCCGUUUAUAUAACUGGGUGUUCAGCAAAAGUUAGCUUUAUCAUC